CGUCCGAGAGAUUUUGGGAGCUCAAUGGUUUAACAUUUAAGUAGAUUUUUUUUAUUUUUAGAACCACUUCAAUCUACAUAAAAUCAAUGUAAAUGGCAAUAAAUUAGAAAGAGAGCGACUCCAUUACCUGGAAACCAAACGUUACUUUAAUUAUGUACUCAGAUCACAAACCACGAAAUAGAGAAGCUGACCUUGUAGAGCUGACUAUCGGAUUCACGGACCAAUCCUCGUCUUCUCCCAAUUCUCAUUGCAUCGAAUCGGGCUCGAUGCUGCCCCUCUCCCUCUUCGUUUCCCUCUUGGUGCUCCAUCUCCCCCACGCAUCCGCCGACGGCGACAUCUGCAUCAUCGGCGGUGGCAUCUCCGGCGCCUCCACCGCCUUCUUCCUCACCAGCUACACCAGCACCCUCGGUGGAGCGCAGCUGCGCGUUUUUGAGCGCCGUCAGAAGGUGGGCGGCCGCCUGGGCACCGUCACUCUCGCGGGCGACAGCUUCGAGGCCGGGGGCUCCAUCAUCCACCCCCGCAACCUCCACGCGCGCCGCUUCGCCGACCUCCUGGGACUCGCCGUGAAGACCGGCGGCGACGACUGGCUAGGGAUCUGGGACGGCAAAAGCUUCGUCUUCCAGACGGCCCGCCCACCUCCUGUCGGCAGCUCCUGGUGGCGGCGCAAGCUGCACAGUCUCGUCAACUCGCUGCUGCUGCUCAGGCGAUAUGGUCUGUCCCUGCUAAAGAUGGACAAGUUUGUCCAGGAAAUGUUGCGGCGGUUUAUGCUCUUCUACAAUGGCAUGGAGUCUCGCCCUGUGUUUGCCACGGUUGAGGAGAUGCUCCAAUGGACGGGUCUCUAUGGCCUCACCCGCAGGACCCUUGAGGAGGAGCUGCUGGAUGCCGGCCUCAACACCCGAACGAUAGCAGAGCUUGUCACUGUUAUCACAAGGAUCAACUAUGGGCAAAGCACACACAUAAGUGGCCUGGCAGGCGCCGUGUCCUUAGCUGGAUCUGAGUCAGGAUUAUGGGCUGUCAAAGGGGGCAACUGGCAGCUAGCUGCCGGAUUGCUCAAGACCUCUAAUGCUACCUUGCAUCUUCAAGAAGGCAUAGACUCCAUCACUGAUGCCGGGGAUCACUACGUUCUGAGAUCCAAUAGUGGGAGCGAAUACGAGUGUAUGGUGACGGUGGUGGCAACCCCACUCGACGAGCUGAACAUUACGUUUAGCCCUCCAAUCUCCAUUCCGCCGAGGAAGAUGCAGCACACACAUGCGACCUUUGUGAGAGGCAUAUUGAACCCGGGAUAUUUUGGUCUGAACUCGGCAUCAGAUAUUCCAGAGCUGAUUGGUACCCUAGAGCUCCCUGAUAUCCCUUUCUCCUGCAUCUCUGUUCUGAAGAGGUACAGCGAAGGCGACAUGGCGGCGUACAAGAUGUUUUCACGGGCAAAGCUGGAUGAUGGUUUGCUGGAUCAGAUCUUCAGGGCUCGGAUAGAGACGAUCCGGAUCAACUGGGCUGCUUACCCGCACUACCAAGCCCCAGAGGAGUUUGCUCCGAUAGUGUUGGACGGGAAGCAGCUGUACUACGUGAACACCUUUGAGAGCGCCGCGAGCGCCAUAGAGACGGGUGCUGUAGCAGCAGAGAACGUGGCGCGGCUCAUCAUCUCCAGGCUCUCUCUACUACCGCAGGCACAGCAGCAGCAGCCUCAUAUCAUCAAGUCAUUCGCCGAACAAGAAUCCCAGCGUCGCCAUGUAGACCUGUGAAAUGUUGUAAUGGCAUUGUAGCCAGUUUUAUCCCAGCUAGCAUUUUGGUACAUUUAUUUAUGUAUUUGACCAAUGGUUUGGUUUGUAAAUGGAUGAUAUAGUUAGUAAUUGUUAGCGCCGAUCUAGAUGUCUAGACGUCGAUCAUU